AACGUUGAUCCGUCCUUUUUGCCUUGUUUGCCCUCUUAAUCAGAACGUUCCCUCCACACGUUCUUUCCACUCUUUGCAUCGCUUCUUUGACUCGCGUCACUCUCUACACCUCGAUCAUUUAGUGGGCCUCUUUUUUACUUGGCUCUCUCGACUCUCGCUAGAGCAUUGACCACUUCUCUGACCCGGUCCUAACGUACCACACACUACUUUCAACUGCUGGCCGGUUGCGCGCUGAUCUCUCGUGCGUUUUGCCGACACAAUGGCGCCGUCAACGACUUCGACGUCCAAGACGCUUCGCCCGGACAACUUGGAAAUCCGACCUACUUCAAACGGGACUCACAAUGCUGCCGAAGACGGACCAAUGUCUCCACGGUCAUGGCGACACCGUGCUGUCACCUACCAAGUUCCUUCAAGGCGUCAGACCACUGGCAGCCUUGAUGCCGAGGACUACUUUGUCGGACCUCGUGACAUGGCCAAACACAGCAAAUGGCCAUAUUUUAUGCGAAUGCAUGGUUCCGUCUUUCCCAAGAUGAUCUUGCCAAUCAUCGUUAUUACUGUCUGGGCUACUGCAAUCACCUGCAUUUCGCAAUUCGUCUAUCCCCUCGUUGUCAGCAAUUUGCUUCUCACCGUCCUUGGUUUCGUCGUUGGUCUGGCCAUUUCUUUCCGGACAAGCACGGCCUAUGAGCGCUACACCGAAGGUCGCAAGUACUGGAGUCAACUCAUCUUCGUCAGCCAGAACCUGGCAAGGACAAUCUGGAUUCACGCCAAGGAACGCGAGGGCGAGCUUGGUAAGGAAGACUUGCUUAACAAGCUGUCUGCCCUUAAUCUGCUCAACGCAUAUGCCUGCUCCAUCAAGCACAGGCUUCGAUUUGAGCCUGGUAUCGACUACCCUGAUCUCCGCGACCGUGUUGAGUUCCUCGACACCUUUGCUCGUGCUGCCGAAGUCGACAUCCCCGCUCCCGCUGAUAAGAAGAAGUUGAAGGCCGUUGGUGAAUACCUCGGCGUCACCUUUGCCGAGUCCAACCCCCGCAAGAGGAUCAAGCGCUCCAAGAAGCCUCUCGGUAACUUGUCUCUCGAAAUCCUCAACCACAUCGCCGCCUAUGUUCACAGCCUCAUCGAAAACGACACCUUGAAUGUUGGUCUGUACCAAAACCAAGCCAUUACCAGCAUCGUCCAGCUCAACGAAGCCCUUAUCGGUAUGGACCGUGUCCUGCAAACCCCUCUGCCUAUUGCCUAUUCGAUCGCCAUUUCUCAAAUCACCUGGGUCUACGUCAUGAUGUUGCCUUUCCAAUUGUGGGAUAGUCUUCGCUGGAUCACUAUUCCCGGCUGUAUCUUCGCAGCUUACAUCAUCAUCGGUCUCUCCGCCAUUGGUCGCGAAAUCGAGAACCCCUUCGGCCACGAUGUUAACGAUCUGCCCCUGGAAGCCUUCUGUGAAGAACUGGAAAUGGACAUUGACUACAUCACUUCUCAGCCGCCACCUGUUGCUCGCGAAUACAUGCGCCGCGACGGCAACAUGCCCAUCUGGCCACUCAGCCAGAAGAACUACAGCAGCUGGAUGGCGCGAAGCAAACAAGAUAUCCGCGAUGCGCUCAUGACCAAGACAAAGGCUGACAUGAUUGUCCGCAAGAGCUUCGCUGUCCCAAGGGAGAGCGAGAGCAUCGAGGAUAAGGAGCAGGGUAUCUCCCAGCAACCACAUCACCCGGAAUAAUAGGUGUGUAGGUGACAGAUUGUCGCCGAACAAAAAGUAACAUUUUGAAUUCGUCAUCAAAUCUUUUUUUUGGUCAUCAUGAGAGUGGUUUGGUGUUGGGUCGGAGUUUAUUCUUUUUUCUAAAAAUCUACUUUUUAAGCCUGGUAUCUUUGUAAAUGUCUUGAGGUGCUUCUCCCAUGUUUUCGGGAAGCGGAAGGAGGGGGAGGAAUGUGCAUAUGUCAAUGGGGGACCAGUGGGUAAGAUCACGUCUGCCUAUGGUUUAUGGUAUGGCUGCAUGACGUCAUUCACCUUGUCGAGAAGACGAGAUUUAAGUAUAAUGUCAUCUUUACCAUACAUUCUUUUA